AUGAAAUACUUCAUCAUUGUGUCGCUAGCAUGCCUAGCAACUGCCUUGGCUUUGCCUGCAGUAACUGAGAAGAAGGAAGUCGACUUGGAGCCAAGCAGACUGGGUUUGCAUGGUCGGAUCCAUCACGGAGGCGGUGCGCACGGCGGCGGCCACCACACAGGCGCGUCCGGCGGCUCCCAUGGCAGUGGUUUCCAAUCCGGAGGCAGUGGGCAUAAGUUUGAUGAGGGAUUCAAAAAGGAUAAACAUACUUCGUUCACGAAUUCGGAACACGAAUCAGGACACGUUUCGAGCGGCCAAGGUUCACACGGGUCUGGUGGCCACAGCGGCGGCAGCCACGGCAACUUCCAAAGUGGCGGUGGAGGGUUCGGGACAGGGGGACGUGGCUCCGGUCGUGUUUACCGCAGCUCGUACUAA